AUCCACUUCUUUUCAGCGCGUCUCCUCUUCGGCUCGCGUGGCUGGUGAAAGCCACUGAAGGGCUGUGACCGUGAAACCCCCACUUGCCUUCCACGCUUAAGAAGAGCGUCUCCCGACCACCCAGUCACCCUUCCCGCUCUCUCCUAGCUUUUCAAGAGCGUCGAUCUCUCCCCCCCAAACAAAAAAAAAGUCAGUUGCUCCGUCUUCCCGUAUUUCGAUCCUAGUGCUAAACUGUUAAAAAAGGAGAUUCGCCACUCCGCCUUCUUCUGCAGCAGGCACCACCACCAUCGCCACCAUCGCCGCCGCCACCUCCUCCUCCUCCUCCUCCUUCCCCCCCUUUCCCCUCUCCUUUUGGCAGCACCAGGACGUCCGGUGUGGUGGCAGCGGCGGCGGUGCUGCUUCUGCUGCUGGGGGGCAGCGAGCACACGAGAUCGCCUUUGAAUCCUCCCGUUUUCUUCCAAGGUGCCUUCCAGAGAGCGAGGAGAGGCUGUUGAAAGGCUGAAGCCCAGCGAAAAGUCACGAUGAGCACACGAGGUGAAGGAGCCGACCAGCCUUCGACUUCUGCCGCCGCUGCCCAGGAGCAACCUGCCACCACAGAACCCCCGAAGAGGGGACGGGGGAGACCCAGGAAGCAACCACAAGAACCAAUGGGAGAGCCAUCUCCUAAAAGACCAAGAGGAAGACCUAAAGGAAGCAAAAACAAGAGUCCCUCUAAAGCAGCUCAAAAGAAAGCAGAAGCUACUGGAGAAAAACGACCAAGAGGCCGGCCCAGGAAAUGGGAAGCUGCCUUAUACCGAGUCAAGACCACUGGUCCAUCUAGCUCAGUAAUGUCUACAGUCACUGACGGGCAGCGGCUCUGCAGGGUUUCAGACAGGGGUCUUUCCCAGCCCUACCUGGAGAUGCCGGGGAUUGAACCUGGGACCUUUUGCAUGCAAACCACAACAGGUGAUCCAGAAGAAGCCAGCUCAGGAACAGACUGAAGAGACAUCCUCACAAGAAUCUGCAGAAGAUGAUUAGAAGACCACACCUUGCAAUUUCUACCUCAUCAGCAGUUGGGUCUUUUGUUGAAGGGAGAAGACUGCCUUGACCACUUGCUUCUGUUGCCACAAUCUUUCCACUUUGGCCUGGGGGGAGGGAGGGGGAGGGCAAUCACAUAACCUUAAAAAGGACUUGGUUGUAAUCACCUUGGUUGUAAUUCCUUCAGUGUCCCAGGUUUAGAGAAACUGCUGUAACACAGGGGGACACAGAUUAAUGAUGCAACAUUUAAUUACUGUUUCUUUUAUUUUCCUUUAACCUACUAAUAGUUUGUUUGAGCUGCUAAGUAAGGGUGAAUGGGUCAGUAAAUCUCUGAACCAGGUUUUAAGUCAUUCACUGCACUGCAUAUAAAUAAGACUUGUAAAAUAUUAAUUAUAAUGGGCAUUCAAAUAAGAAGGCCUUGGUGUUUGACACCAGUCCUUACAACACCUCUGACAACCCACUCCCUAGCUUAGUAAACUCCCUGUUUAGAACACCAAAGAUAAGGAUUAGAUACUACUCUUUUUAUAACCUUGUUCUAGAUUUGUGCUUGACUUUUGUUUUUGUUACUGGUAUUUCAAUACCUUGAAGGCUGAUUUUUUUUCACUUAAUUCAGCUGACAUUCAUUUAAAAAGUCACAAGAAAAAGGUACUUUACUUUGCAAAAGGGAUGACAAAGAUACAUUGUAUGUUUACUAAUACACGUAUAUCUGCAGAAGUAGUACUAAACAGAACUCAACAGCUCACCUUUCUAGGAACACAUUAUUUCUCUUGAAGUAGAAUGUGCUUUCUGGGGAGCCUCAUGUUGUUUAGGAAUGAUUAACAUCAAGCCCUCUUUCAAGACAGAGGUUUAUCAACUAAAAUUUGAAUUCUUCAAUGAAUUUAAAACAAUACCUCAGAAUUAUUUUAAACCAUGGUCAUACUGGAAGUGAGGAAAAGAUUCAAAUUCUUAGUUUGACUUAACCAGUUCUAUUGCAUUGUUUUCCAACAAAUGGAUCUCUAUUUUUCACUCACACAUCUCAGUGCAAGAGCCAAUACCAUGUACCUCAAGUACUCUUGUCAUUACUUUUAAGCAAUAUACAUUGACAUAGGAUGGUUUGCUAGGCAGCUUUGUCCCAGUUACAUCUCCAUCUUUUUCACUCAAAGCAGCACUUUUAGCCACAAAUGCAAUAUUACCCCACUUUUCAAUACUACCUCUGAUAUUUACAAUUAACUCAACAGUCAUAUAAACAUUUGCUGCUAAUCAUACAAUGCAGGAAAUUAUUAUUGGGUAGGUAAUCAUGAGUUUCUGCAUUUUACCUUAUUUCUACUUUUGUCACCUAAUUGCAGUUGAGACAAUACCUUCAGAGUUUUCCAGCAUAACUAUGUAUUUUCUCUCCUUUUUAUGCCUUUUCUCUGCUAAAUUGCUAUGUAAUAUGCCAUUAACUUGAAUAUAUUUUUGUACCGAGUUGCUCAUAAGGUUUGUAACAAUAAUUUUCUUUUAUAACACUACAUGACAGAAAAAAUAAUUAACCGCAAUGUUUAAAUAUUACUGUCCAAGUUUGUACCUCAGAUGAUUUUUUAAAAAACGUAAUCGACUAGUUGAUUGACAAAGACCUACCUCCAGACUAUAAAUGGAAUGAACUCCUUGUUUCUUUCAGCAUUAGCUUUUAAGAAGAUUGAAACACUUAGGACUGCAACAAAUCCCUGAUCAAAACUAUUUUUGUAAAAGAACUUUGUGGGAAAUGAACACAUUAAUUACUUUCAUAUAAAAAACAACCCUUCAAAGAAACUUGAAUCUUUGUAGGUGGGAGGCAACAAGCUCAGCUUUUUGCAUAAUGCAAUCACAAAUAUGUGUGUAUGUUUUAAAAAACUAGUAAAUUGUAUGAGAAUACUUGUCAAGUAUUUUCAUGUAUUUUUCACAAAUGUGAUUUUUAAAAAAUAUAUGUCAACCAGAUUUAUUUUAAA